AAGUGUCUUUUUCCUUACUAUAUAAACAUAACACCCCCACCCAUUAUCAAUUCAUUCAUUCACUUUCUUUUUCGAUCAACUUCAAACCCUAGCUCUUCUUCAAUUUCUCACACUUUGCUACUCAAUCCAACAGAUUUUUCUCUCAAUUGAGUUUGCAUUGAAUUAGUUGUGCGUUUGAUUGAAGCAGCUCUUCAACUUUCUAAACAGUAUACCAGAUGGAUCAACAAGGUCAUGGACAGGCCCCAGGCAUGGGGGCUGUCGGUAACACAACUCAAAUGCCAUACAGCAUGGCACCAUACCCCCCGAAUCAAAUGAUGGGAAUCGUACCCCCCGCAUCGGUUGGCGGGCCAGUCCCACCAUCACAAACCUCCGGUCUCCCUUCUCCCCCGGCCCAACUGGCCCAACAACAACUCGCGUACCAACACAUCCACCAGCAACAGCAACAACAACUGCACCAACAACUCCAAAACUUCUGGGCAAACCAGUUCCACGAGAUCGAGCAAACCACCGAUUUCAAAAACCACAGUCUCCCAUUAGCUAGAAUAAAAAAGAUAAUGAAAGCGGAUGAAGACGUGCGGAUGAUAUCCGCCGAAGCACCGGUGAUAUUUGCACGCGCUUGUGAAAUGUUUAUUCUCGAGUUGACUUUACGGUCAUGGAACCACACUGAAGAAAACAAAAGGAGGACUCUUCAGAAGAAUGAUAUUGCGGCUGCAAUUACGAGGACUGAUAUUUUUGACUUUUUGGUUGAUAUAGUGCCGCGAGAAGAUUUGAAAGAUGAGGUGAUUGGUUCGACAAUCCCGAGAGGUGGGCCCAUUCCGGUUGGGGCUCCGACUGAGGGUCUACCGUAUUACUAUAUGCCGCCUCCACAGGUUGGUGGUUCGGGGAUGUAUAUGGGUAAGCCUGUGGAUCCUCAAGCGCUUUACGGCCAGCAGCCUCGUCCUUAUAUGGCGCAGCCUAUGUGGCCGCAACAGCAACAGCAAGAACCGCAGGAAGACGCUUAACCAGGAAGCUUUACACGAGAUGGAAUUCUGAAGAAUGGUGGCUGUAGACGAACGCUGCUUACUAAUGGGAAUUUGUAUUAAGGUUAAAUUUUCAUGUGGUUUAUUAGGAAUGCUUGUAGUCAUACUUAAUUAUGUGUGUGUGUGCCUACGUGCUGUUCUAUGAUGUUGGCGGCAAACAUGUGUUAUAUCCGGACCAGGUUUUGGAAAGUUAAACUGAUAUCCAAUGCAGAAGGUAUAUUGUUUGCUCA